UCAGCUGUUUUGUACGUUCUACAUUCUGAUCCGAGGAUCAGCUGGAGGCAGCAAUAAACAAGAAGAAGCGAUCUGCAGCGGAGAGAAGAGAAAAAAAAAACAGAGGAGGUAGAGAGAGCGAGAAAGGAGUAGAAAACAAGAAAAGCUGCAGAUGUUUUGAUUUGCAGACACAACGUCAGUGUAACAUUUGUUUUACACGAAGCCCUUCUUCUGAGAAGAAAGCCUUUUAUUUUUGUAUUAACGGUGUUUUUUCAACUACCUCACUUAAAGGCUAUCUAAAGCUAUGCUUUAAGAAUUGUCGUCGUUUCUACUGUGUGUGAGAUCUCGUUUACAACUUGAAUUCUACUGCAAAGGCAGGCCUUUGCUCCAAACCAAGUGAAACCUUACAUUUGCACUACAGAAGCCUGUCCACCCCUGUUUGUUCAUACAACCGAGAUCCAGCAAAGGGCUUCAAAAGAAAAGGAAUUGCAUUUGUUAAAGAAUAAAAAAAGAAAAAAGAAAAAAAAAAAAAAGCAACAAGUGAUACAUAAACACAAAUAAGAAAUUCAAGAAGGCAGCUAAACCUUUUUUCACCCUCUUUGGACAACAAAUAAGCACCCGAGCCAUCAACUCUUGGCAGUUCAGGCAGAGUCAGUCAUGUUCCAGCGUCUGAGCAACCUGUUGUUUGGGGAGGUGGAGGAAGUGGCAGCCGAGCUGAAGGGACCCAACCCCUGUGUGACGGAGGCUGACGAGGAGGGAUGGAUGCUCGUCAAUCUGCCUGGAGAGUCUGACUGCAUGUUGCGGGCAGAGGGUGAGACCGGAGCACCGCCGAUUGCACGUCCAUCCCCCGACAGUAGCCUUUCCCAUCAUCAUCAAGACACACAUGCAAGGACUGAGUGUCUGACCCCUAUUCCCCACCCGUCUCGCAAGCGCCGUAGGACAUAUAAAGGUCAGGCGCGGAUUGCGGUGGCAUCGUCGAACCCUCUGUCUUUCACUAGAGCUAGCCCAUCAGUGGCCCUGCCAAGGCGGGCCAGACUGUCCACACCCUCGUCCACCCCGUCAAUGUCCCCUGGCUCUGGGAGUGAGUGUGGGAGCAGUGGGGGUAGCAGUAAGGCAGGAUCAGAGAGAGGCUGCAUGGAUGAGAGCUGGUUUGUCACCCCUCCCCCCUGUUUCACUGCAGAAGGCGCCACGGCCGAGGCCAGCCCGAUGGAGGACCUGCUCAUCGAGCACCCCAGCAUGUCUGUGUACGUGUCGCCAAACAACUCGUCCAUGGUCUCCAACGGCAACCUGUCUGUGGUGGGAGAGGAGAGCGUGGUCAGCCUGGCGAGCAGCAUGAGCAGAGUGACUGAGCCAGCCUCUGCCCCCGCCGCCCGCACCACCAUGCCCACCCGGGUGAGCCGUGGAGCAGCUGCCCAGGCUGGAGCCCUGGCUAAGGUCACCCAAGUGGCCAGGGUCCAGCGUAGCAAAGCUCGCAUUGAGAGGCGCCAUCUGGGCCGCAACCGCAUCCAACGCCAAAACCGCACCAGGGAGCAGGUGCCACGUCACGCAGCCCACGUCAGAAACACCUUCCUUCACCAGCCCAGCAAGCGUAACGUCUGCCACUGAACCCCCAACACACAGGGGGCGUCGUUCACUCUGAGGGCAUUAGACACACGUGAUGAAAAUAUAUUGACCCACCGCAUAUUCACGUUCAUUUCUGCACAUUAUAUCACAUUAACUCAGAUACCAGUAGACCAGUAGCUCUGAUGGAUGUUUUUGGUUAUAGACAAAGAUUAAUGCCCCGCUCUGCUCUCAUGAACCGAGUCCUCUGAGUAGUUAGAUCUUUAUUAUACUCUGUAUCCAUUGCAGUAUCCAAACAACAAAAAAAAAUCGUCAAAAUAUUUACACAGGCUGUACUUAGUAACAAUAAUGUCUGAAAAACUGCAAAAAAAAAUUAGCUUUAUUACCUUUUCUUUCUCGCUCAGUCAAAUAUUCUCCUUUCUCCCACUUUUCUUCAAGGCAUGUUUUUGUCCAAUCAGCCAUGACGUCUCCAUGAAGCUUCUUAAAUGUGGAGAUAAUGAUUUGAAGUUAUAAUAUUUUUCUUUUUGAUUGAGGAGCAGGUCUUUUUUUGUCGGAGCCACGUGAGACGGAGUUAAAGUAACUUCUUUAAUUCUAUCAAAAUAUAAUUUUGAUGUUGUUCAGUUUAGGCAGAGGAAAAAAAAAUACCGUGUGCGAGUGACGAGAGGGACGGGACAAUCACGAGACACUUGUUUGCCCUUCGGCUUCGCCAUUAAAGAUGUGGCAACCUGUUGCAUCAUGGGCAAACAAAAGUGCUGUGAGAAUCCUCUCUUCUCACUUUGAGAAGGUUGAGAGGAAGUCGAGGGUGGUGCUGCGAUGACGAGUACGAGCAAAACAGACUAAAGAGUAAAGAGAAAUGGCACAGUGGGUUCAGAACUCCACUGUGGGUCGUGCGAACUGGUCACAGGAAAGUUAUGUAACCCUGAGAGCAGCCUGUGAAGGUGCAGCCACAGUAAAUCCAAUGGGAAGUCCCGCUGUGUGAUAUCAACGACUGUGAGCGCAGCACAGGAAUGCAGCGCUUGCCUCUGGGUUACAAGGUAUGUUAGGUUAUAAGUAAGUAGAGAGCGGGGUUAUUCAGGGGCGUUGCAACAGGACAGGCAAAGCAGGGGGGCCCCCCUAUGUGAGCAGCUGAUUACUUCAAGGGCAAUUCAUGAUUUCCACUCAUGCAGUCUUAUACGUCUAUUAAGCAACUAAACUGAGUCAAUAAGACGUUUGUGCUAAUGCAAUGGUUGGCAAACUUAAAAGCAUUACUCACAGAUGGUAACGCCUAAAUGAAUCGCUUUGAAGCUCAUUCAAACCAAACUUUACCAAGUUAUAUGAAGACAACUUGCUUUACUUUAGUUGAAGGAACUUAAUUCAUUUGGGUGUCAGUUAAAUUGAAGUAGUGUUUUUAAGUUUUGUCAGGCAGCCGUUUAAAACAACUGCUGCUGUGUGGAAGACAUUUGCAGGGUUCUUAUUUUGGCCAGUAUUGGACCACAAAUGUCCCCUGGGAUUUUUAAAGGAACGCUCAUUUUUCUGUGAUGAGGCAAAUUUCCACGUUUUUGACGUAGAACAAUUGUAUCUUUUGUACUUAAUCCCAAAUAAAUGUCAGUCGAUUGCUUUUUUGCUUCCUAAUUUCAAAGUGGAAAUGUAUGAAUUAGGCUUUAAGACAGUCGCUUCAAUAGUGGGUCCCCUCAGCUCCCUUCAACCCAGGGCCCCCACAGUCCUUUGAAACGCUCCUGGCGGUAUUGGCGUUAACUCUUUAUUUUGUUUUGUGACUCUUGUGUUCAGCUUGUUUAGUUCUGUUACUCAUAACAUUCGUUUUUAAUUCAAGUCUCUCUCCGUGUCUCUGUGGUUCCGACAAAGAAUAGAACAAAAACCUGCUCCUGUCAGACAAAGAGGAAAUAUAAUGUCUGGCUUUUAAAAGCCGACACAAAAAAAAAAAAAAAAAAAAAAAAAAAAAAAAACACAAAAAACAAACACUGCUUGGUGGUCGUUAAAUUUGUUGUUUGUACAUUGAAGUAAAGUGCCCGGCACACACGGAGUCACGCUCGCCCAGCUGUGUGUGCUGUGUUAGUCGUGUGAACAUCAGAAAGAAAGGGCGUCGUCUAUUCGUUUCUCUCGUUAGAAGAACAAUCCCCGACUUCCACGGACGCAGACGUAAAGAGGAAGCAAACUUUAAAUCCCGACUGCAAACAUCUUCCCCGCUCAUCAAACUGUCCGUCCCUGUCUCAUCAGCACAUCCCGCUCGAACAGUGUCCACCUAAAGAUCUAGCUUACUGAUAUGUGUUCUACGACAAUAGUAAACAAUGGUGCUGAAGUGUAUACUAAUGUUUGUAAAUUAUUUGAGACAUGGAUGUAAGUUUGCACUGUUUGUUUUGUUUUUUUGGUUGUGAGUCCCAAGUUUUAGCAGUGUGCCGUGUGCUUGUUUUUAAUUCUUGUUUUAAACUUUCUUUUUCUUUUCGUUUGACUCGAACUGUGUGUGUGUGUGAGAAGGUGUACUGACACAUAAACUGCUAGAAACUCUUAUGAAUAAUGGUCAUUUAUUUCUCUUGUAAAUAUAUAUAUAUAUAUGUGUAUAUAUAUAUAUAUAUAUAAAAAAAAAAGAAAAUAACAAAAGAAAAGAAAGAAAAAUAAUUUAUUAUGCUUCGUUUAGAUGUCAAAAAGCCUCUCAGGAUUGAUGAGAAUCCUCUCUCUGCCUCACCUCUGAGGGCACUUGGGUGGCGUUUUUCACCACACAGGGCAGCACAAGACUCGGAGCUGAUGUGCCAUAGGAAACGCUGCCCUCCAGAGGCUCCUUUUAACACUGCAUCUGCUGUACAGAUGCUGGCGAGGAUGCAGUACAAUCUUUGCUGACCGUGCGUGCGUUCAAGAGACAUUGAGACUUGGGAGUGUGGGGAAUUUGUUUGCAGUUUGUCUGGGAAACAUUCUCCGCCUGUUCAUCUAGAAAAAAGAAAAAAAAACCCUGAUAAAGCAUUUUUCCUUUGACUCUUGUUGCUUUUCUGCCACAAUAUCCUUAUAAAUGUCUGUCAAUUUACAGUUUGACUAUGAAAUAAUGGUGUAUCCCUGUCGAUUCCUCUGUGUCGCGAGCAAAUGCAUCUGAGGUGAAUAUGCACGCACGCACAUACGCAUACAGACAUAGUGAGGACGCUCAUGGACGCGAUCCCUAAAGUCUUAACCCAUAAACAGCUCUUUUAUGGUGUAUCUGAAAGUGGGAACCAGCCCAAAAUGUCCUCACUGUCCCAAAACAUGUCCUAAUGUCCUAAGUAAAAACUGUCAUUGCACCGAUCUGACUGGUACUUUGGCCUUGUCACACUCCCGUAGACACAAUAAUAAGUCUGUUUGAAAGUCUAUAAUAUCACUUGUGUGUGUGCGUGCGUGUGUAAAAACCACCACUGAUCCCUGUGCCGCUGCAAACCUGUCAAGUUUUCCUCCAUUUCUUUUUAUGUCAACCCCCAUUUUUGGGAAAAAAAAAAGA